UAGAGUGUUUACCAUUCCUCAGACUUCCUCCUAAAAUGUUGGGCUUGACUAGAUCCUUACCAAGGGUAUUUAAGGACCAGAGUCAUGACUCAUAUGCCAUACAACCCUACAGCUUCUCAUCUCAUAAUUAGAUCUGUAAUGGCUCCGAAAAUGUUUGUUGCAAUAGUAGUGCUUGCUAUCACUUUUGCUGAGGCUGACGCAAUAAGCUAUGUUCAACCACAGACAUCUAUCAGAUGUCCACCUCGUAAUGAAACGUGCUACAUUCAGCUUACUGUUUCAACUAUGGAAACUCUGACGGCAUAUUGUGUCAAAAAUGGAACGAGAGAAUCUAGUGGAUUCCAAGUCGUAGUUAACAGUGAAGGAGGUUUUGAUUUCGUGUUUGAAAAUCUAGUUGAAAAUGGAAAUGUCACUGAACUCUUUCAGCCAAUUGUUGCAGAUGGAACAACUCGUAGGAAUCUGUUAGUGGUGAAUGACCAACUACCUGGGCCUACUAUUAUCGGUUACAAAAAUCAGCGAGUUAGAAUCAAUGUUACCAACAAUCUUGGCAAAGAAGCAAUCACCUUGCACUGGCAUGGGCAACACGUGAAUGGCAGCAGUGGCUCACAAAAUCAGUAUUCAGAUGGUGUACCAUACAUCACCCAGUGUCCCAUUCUUCCAAGUAAUAGUUUCGUGUAUGAUUUUGAGUUUUAUCCUGCUGGAACAUAUUGGUACCACUCUCACCAGUUCGAUGAGAGGAGCAAUGGAAUGUACGGGGCACUUGUUGUUCUGGAUUCAGAUGAGUCCGAUCCUGGCUUUGAAGACAUACCAGAGGAACAUACUAUUUCCUUCUUUGAAUGGUUUCCUGUUAACUCCGACAGUUGGAUAGAAGCUCCAUAUGCUCUGCCAGAUCCAGUUAAUUCAUCGGUACCUUAUAUGUCUAUUACUACAUAUGAUGGUACAUCUGCUAGUGGUGAGCUAUUCUUUGCUGGCUUUAUGAAUUUUGGAGGCUGGAGGUUUAACCAAGCUGCGUCGAAUUGUUUUAGAGUUGCAAAUAACUCUCUUCCUUUCUUCAAUGUUUCUACAAAUACAAGCUAUCGUUUUCGAAUCAUUGGAUCGCAGGUAACUUUUGCUUAUAGGUUUUCCAUAAGUGGACAUAAAAUGCGAGUAAUUGCUACUGACGGUAUUGACGCUAUAGUACCUAACAACACAGCUGUUGACUUCAUCAUCGUUCACGUUGGAGAACGUUAUGACUUUGUUCUUAACGCAUCAGAAAAUGUUGACAAUUACCUCAUGCUAGUAGAAACUCUGGAAGUUCCAAGCGAACUGGAACAAAGAGGGUAUUGUGUUAAAUCCCAUCGUGGUUAUGCUGUUCUUCACUAUGACGGUGCUAGUGAUGUGCUCCCUGUUGAUUUUGACGAUUCGUACGAACCGAAUACUCGCUGCACAACAAAUAACAGUUGUUAUGCCCUAAACUGUCCAUUUGAAAAUUUUCCUCCCGAUUUGAAUAUCCAGUGCAUAAAUGUUGGAGAGCUUGAACUAUCUAACCGUGAACCAGUGCCAAAUGAUGAUGUAAGCAGUACUGCUUUCCUCAAUUUUGGAUUUAGUCGAGGACCAUCUAUUAAUGAUCGUAUUUUUGAUUUUCCCCAAAGCCCACCCCUGUCUCAGCUUGAAGAUAUUCCACCAAACCUUUUCUGUCAGUACAGUGUUUUUCAAACUCCUACAACUGUAAGUUCCGGAGGCCCGUCUACCGCUGCUCCAACUACUACACUAUCAACUCAGCCACCAUUUACUUGCGUUCACACUUAUACUGCAACUAACGACACAAUAGAGUUUGUUUUCAUGAAUCUCGGACAGGACAAAGAUAUAUCUGGGGGUGAAGCUCACCCCAUUCACUUGCAUGGACAUCACUACUUUAUAAUGAAUGUUGGCUUUCCUACUUAUGUAAAUGGAACUGUCAGCAUGAUUAAUAGUGACAUAAAUUGUUCUGCUGAUGGUGGUUUUUGCAAUACUGGGGUACGUUGGGCCAAUGAUGUAGUACCCACAUCUGCUUGUGAACAGAGCAACACAUGCCCUCUGAAAGACACGGUUAUUGUUCCUGUUGGUGGUUAUGUUCGAUUACGCUUCCCGAGAAACAACUGGGGUUGGUGGAUCAUGCAUUGCCACAUUGAACCUCAUCUCCUUUUUGGAAUGGCCAUGGUUGUCAAUGAAACAUCUGUGCCUGGAAGUUUCCCUGUACCCAACCGCUUCCCAACUUGUGAGAAUUUUGAUUUCUCCACAAUGGAUCCUGCCACACCAGCUACCGAACCACUGAUUAAUCCAUCUGAAUUCACAAGCUAUCGUGACGCAACAAUUGCUCUUGCUGUCAUUUCAUUUCUGCUUCUUGCUGCAUUCAUUGCUGUUCUGAUUGCAUUUAUUAUUGUUUGUUCAAAGAAGAAUGGAAGCUCAAUAACUAAAGUUGAGAUUGAAAUGAAGUAGCUGCUGUACAUUUUUGUAGUGAAUAAUGAUAAUUUAUGUAUAAUUUAUGACUGUUUCUUUUAGCUGCCUGGUUGUAUAAGUAUGUCCAGUUUUACAAAUGAACGAUUUUUUUAUGUUACCAAUUUCAUGAGAACAUGUAAUGUUUACAACUG